AUGACACAGGGGUUCUCAUGCACAAAUUUUCCAUAAAUGGUCACAAGAAAGUUCAGGCCCAAAUGUAACAAAAUUUAAAAACCCUUGCUCGAACAUUCUGAGAAUAAUUGAAAUUUUAGAUUUAAGGUUUUUCUAAAGAUUCAUGAAGUAAUUCACUAGAAACCUUCAUCACCUUGAAAAAACAAGGAAUGAACACGAGAAAGAGAUGUUACAUAACAUUAUAUCAAAACAUAACGAAUUUUUUACUGGUCGUCAAGCAGUAGGGAAAGUCAGAGCUAGUUUAAUACAUCACUUUUUGACUGAGAUCCUUAAAAGGUAACAUUGGAGCCUCAAGUCAAGAUAUGGAUGUCGAAAAUGGUUUUGCUCUGUGAUGGGCAAAUUGUUGCCUUUCUCUUGAAGUCUUUGAAGGAAGAUUAUGCAACACAUUCCAGGCAAGAAUGAAAAAAAUAAAGUAGAGUGUAUUAAUAAUGAAUAAUUAAAUAUAUGAUUAAAUGAAUUAAUUUUCCCAUAAGCCGCCAGUGGUUGAGGUACCAGAAGCUGUUGCUUCAUUUAUUCACUUGUUUAUGCCGUUUGUACCAGUUUUCAUUUUCUUUAGAAAAAGGGGUAAAAAUCAUUUUUGAGUUUUUCACGAGAAACGCGAAAGAGGUUAUGCGCACAUGGUCAGAGAAAAAGAUGGCUGCCAGCGAUAAUCAAGGUCGUUUUGUUGAUAAAAAUGUUUAUUGUAAAAUUACGCCUCAAAAGGGAAAAGGAUUGUAUGCAAAAGAUAAAAUCAAAGAAGGUGAACAUAUUUUGAUGGAAAGGCCUUUGAUAUGUUGUCAAUUUUCGUGGAAUUCUUUUUACAAAUAUGUUGCCUGUAAUCACUGCCUCAAAUCACUCGAAACUGCAGAGGAGAUGGCGAGAAGACUCAGUGGAAAUUUUGAUGUACAACUAUCAUAUAAAGAUUGUUGCGGGAUAGAAAAAGCCAGAUGCUCCCAUACAAAGUGUCCAGCAUGCUCAGCAAACUAUUGUUCAGAAGAGUGUAGACAAGAAGCAUAUGACCAGUAUCAUGAAAUUUUGUGUCUAGGAGCUGCAAAAGAAGAUUCUGAACAUCCAUUCAACCAAAUUGAUGAAAUAUGGAGAAAUAUGCAUUACCCACCAGAGACAACAACCAUUUGGUUGAUUUGCAGGAUGAUUGCCACUGUGGUAAAGGCCAAUGAUCCUGACAAAGUUCUCAAGCAAUACUCAUCUUUCUGUAGCAGCCCAGUGAAUUUGCAAGAUAAAAUGGCGCAUAAGCUGCUUGGUGAGAAUUUCAAGGAGAAUUUGGAAGUCUUGCGAAAUAUGCUGAUGAAUACGUUUUAUAAUCAAAGGAUUGAGCAUUGGCUAUCCCCAGAUGGCUUCCCUGCACUGAUGGCCAUGAUUGGCAUGAAUGGGCAAGGCAUUGGAACCAGUUCACUAAGUCGAUACGUCCAUAACAUUGAUGCAUUGGAAAUGGAUGAGCACGACAGGAAGUUCGUUGAUGCGCAAAUUGACCAGCUUUAUGAAGAUAUUGAAAAAGAAGCUGGCCAAUUCCUGAAUUGUGAAGGAUCAGGCUUGUACAUCAAGCAGAGUUGCUGUAAUCAUAGUUGCGCCCCAAAUGCAGAGGUCACUUUCCCACACAAUAACUCUACUCUUGUCCUGGUAGCCAUCAAAGAUAUUGAACAAGACGAGGAGAUCUGCAUCAGUUACCUCGAUGAAUGCCAACGUGAACGCAGCAGGCAUAGUAGACAGAAAAUACUGAGAGAAAAUUACUUAUUUCAAUGCUCUUGUCCUGUUUGCGAGUCACAAAUUGACACUGCCAACCAGACGUCAUCUGAAGAAGAAGAAGAUUAUGAUGAAGACGAUCAAUGAAGAUUUGAACUGUAACUAUUCCAGCGCUGUCGUUUGUCUUCUCUGUAUUGAUAUGUGGCACAGGCGUAGUGGAAGCACCGGGGGUGGCGGGGGGCUUAGAGAUAAAAUGAGACGGGCCUCUACGAACGGUCUGUAAGAAGGUCCCUACAUGCAUUAGUGUGGGGCAGAUAGACAACAAUUGGGACUCUAUGUAAUUCCGUUUAGAAUCUGUGUCAAACACAAUACAAAAUGUAAACAUGCUGACGUUUUUCAUUAACUAGGAGAGGGGGCUGAAUUAUAUGCUCCAGUUAUAGAAAUUAUUUCCUAUACUUACUAUUGAAAUUAGGCCCUUGUGAGCUCUUGGAAAAACUGUCUUUUGAAAUAUUUUAAAGGUUUUCCUUUUGAUCGUGGCUCUAAGUUAUCCCCAAUUUGCUUUACGUCAUCUGCAUGCAUGCAAAGAAAAAUGUAGAAAAAAAUGUAGCCAAGCAAAGAGACGGGGCAAGCUAGAAAUUGGCUCAUGCGAGAUUGCGAUUGAUUUCAAUGCCUGUGCCUUUUAACGGCCAGGACGGAAAAUGGCCCAUUUAUAAGAAGGACUCCAUUAAUUGACCCCUCCAGUAGGCAUUCCGUCAUAACCCGGGGGCUUGCAGAAUAUUUUUGUCUAGGUUAUAAACAAUUUAAUGAAUUUUUUGAUUAAAUACGUCUGGCAAA